AGCCCAUCUCAUUUCAAAUGUCAUAAAUAUUUAGGUCAUCUUUUUCUACUAGUUGCCCCUUUCUCUUCGUGCACAAACAGACGUAUAUCUAUACAUAUCAUUCGCUCCACAAAGCGAUAAACAAGGUAACAGAGCGAAAAACAAGACAAUGGCGACAAUCACAGACUUACCUUGUGAGCUUGUGUAUUAUAUCAUAUUUCUGCUGGUGCAGUCCUCAGGUGGAGCAGCAGAUUUCGCCAGAAUCAUCUCUGUUUGUAGAGAUUUUCAUUUGUAUGUAGAUGAUGUAUCCAUUUUAAGGGUUGCCAAUUUUAAUAUGAAGAUGGAAUCUGUGAACUUUUACAAUUUCCUAAAUGUCAAAGGCCUACUCGUUAAAUGUUCUGAAGCGGGUAAUGCAGCUGCUCAGCAUGUGCUAGGCAAGGUGAUAUUGCUGAGCUCUACUCAUUUGUUACUUAGUGAAGGGAAAAGAAAAGUUUCUGGUGUCAUUGAUCCUUGUGAUCGUUUAAAGCUUAACCGUUUGAUUCGAGACAUAAAUGUUCCCGCUCAGAACAGUAAAGUUAGUUCUUUUAUGUCCUAUUUUUCACCUCUACAAGUACGCACCAUUGACUCACCCACAAGAUUGGUUCACCACCAACUUGUGAAGCUGUUCCUGAUUAAUGGCAACCAUGACGACUUCAUUGAAAUGGGUAUAUUCUUAAGGCUUUGUAUACGGUACUUGAUGAGUGAUCCUAGAGAAAAUUCCGCCCUCAUCUUCUACAUCACGAAAGUGGUUAGCCGUGCUUGUUAUAAUGGAUAUCUGGCGAAGGUUAAUGAAUCAUUUAGUGACUGCUUGAGGUGGGUUAGAGAAUUCUUGGAAGUGCACUCUGAUAGACGUCUUUACAAGGUUUCUGGGAAGUAUAGCUGUCUUCGACAUCUAGUCAUGCGGAAAUGUCUUAUGGCUGGCCUGGAUUUACCAGAGGCAUUGAGUGAUGUAAAUUUUGUGGAUGCACUGAGACAAGAAGUGAGCGACCAACUUGGUCAAUCAUACAUUGGUUUAAGUAAUCUUCGAGCUGUGGCACUUGAUCGUUUUAAGGACCAGUUUGAAUAAGUUUAUACAUGCAAGAAUUGUAAACUUUUAAGGGGUGUUAAGACUCCAGAUUAUUAUUGAGAGACUGGUUUUAUGUUUUGCAUUGUAGUCAGACCAGACAUAUAAAAUAAACAUGUGCAAACUCUUUUGUGCU